UAGAAGAGUCUCUCUCUCUCUCUCUCUCUCUCUCUCUCGCUCGCUCGCUCGCACUUGCACGAACACCGUACACACACCCCUUAUCCGCCAUGAAGGUCCCGCUCUCAGAGCAUCACGGCGAUAGGAACGCGCCGCAGCACAGCACAGGUGUCAACUUCAGGAACGCGGCGGUAAUCGUUCCAGCCGGGAUUCUUCUUGCCGCGAUCCCUCUAUGGCUCCUCGUUGUGAGCUCGCCCGUCCAGCCUCAAGAUUAUCCUCCGGCACGGUUGAUGGAGGACGAGAACGGCAGCCCCGAGGACACAGUAUCGGGGGCGGCAGUGCCGGUGGUGAGGGAGAAGAAAUGUGACGUGUUCGUGGGGAAAUGGGUGUACCGCCCGGACGCGCCGACAUACUACACCAACGAGACUUGCUAUGCGAUGAGCGACCAGCAGAACUGCAUGAAGUUCGGGAGGCCCGACAUGGAGUUCCUGAAGUGGCGUUGGGAGCUGGACGGGUGCGAGCUCCCGCCGUUCGACGCUGCCGAGUUCGCUGAGAUGACGCGAGGGAAGUCAAUCGCCUUCGUUGGCGACUCUCUGGGGAGGAACCACAUGCAGUCCCUAAUGUGCCUCUUGUCCAGCGUAGACCAACCGGAGGACAUAUCUCUCCGGUACACCACGGACUACAACUUCAAGCGGUGGUACCUCCCCAAGCACAACCUAACCCUAGGCACCUUCUGGGCCCCUUUCCUGGUCCGCACCACCGACGCCUGCGGUGGCCAGACCCUCAACGGCAUCCUCACCCUCCACCUAGACGAGCCCCACCCUUCUUGGUCCGCUGAGAUCAGCGCCUUUGACUAUGUCAUCAUCUCGGCUGGCCAAUGGUUCUUCCACCCGCUCAUCUACUACCGGAACAGGCGGCUCCUGGGCUGUUCAGCAUGCGGGCAGGACAACGUGACCAAGGUGUCGAGGUUCCAGGCAUAUCAAGCGGCGCUACCCACUGUUGGAUAUUUCAGUAGUUUUGGAAUAUUUAUUAGAAAUUAUGAUCGUCAUGAAAGUCAUCAUUUUUGUAACGGCUUUUUCAACGGUCAUAUAACGGUUUCUAAUGGUUGUAUAACGGUCGUCUAA